AUGUGGCUUGCGGUGCAGGUAAAGACUUCUGUGCAAGUGGGCUUCGAACCGGAGUGCUGCUCUCCAGAAAUAACGGCUUCCGUAUUCCAAUGGGUACCAUAUCUCACACAAAAUGCAUGGGCAGAAAUGCUUGAAGGUGAUCAUCUCUUAGCUGGAUUCCAUGCGAGAAAUGCAAAUAUUCUGGGGCAGCAUUGUGAAAUCGCACAGGCGUUCUUAGAAGAGCACAAAAUUCCGUAUUACAGAAACGCGUAA